AAAACCCCUCAACUAUGUUUACUUAAUGUAGAAACCCCUAAACUAAAGAUUUACCGGUAGUAACGAUAAUUAUGACCUGCUAGGGUUUAAUUCAUUAAAUAAAGUUAGUUUGAGGGUUUUUUGUUUAAAUACUUAGUUUGGGAGUUUUUACCCAAACAAACUUAGUUGUAGAGUUUUAAUGUUAAAAAUCCUUUUAAUAACAUAGUAACCAAAUAUAUUCUUUCAAACUUUUUCUCAUACAUUGACAUUGCAAAACCGCCAAUAUGUUCCAAUAACAAUGACAAACAACUAAUCAACUUAACUUAAGAGUCAGUUUACAUAUCUUAUGUUAUAUAGCCUUGAGGAAAAUAGUUUCUAAAACCUUUUUAAAACACACAACAUACAUGGAGAAUAAGAUUCUUGGCUACACAAAACAAAAUUAAAUGGUCAAAACCACAAGAACAUCCGGAGUAAUAGGGCUAAAAGGCUAUUUUAGUACAGUACAGUAACACGUGGAGAAAGCAGAUACAUUAUCUCCUAACACAAAACAAACUCAAACAACACUAGUCCCCAAUCUUAGAGUUUUACCAAUCUUUAAUCUCAUGUCUCUUGAUGAUCAUCUCCAAACCGAAUCCAUUCAUAUGCUUAACAGUUCAAUGUGUGUUCCAGAGCUUAACAGCAACAAUGAAAAGACGACCUUCUCACAGAUUUUGGUAAUCUCAUCCAUUGGCUUGCUCUUAGCCCUUGCACUACAUUACCGUCUGAGGAAGAUACGUCACUCCAAGAACAUCCCUCGUCUCAGACGGUCUCACAAACACAAAGGCCAUGAGAAGCUCGAGAGAUUCUCUCACUACGUUGUGCGUCAAAUGGGAUUCAAGGACAGGAGAGAAUGUCCUCAUCUCUGCAAAUUAGCCAAUGAGUACAUAAGGAAAUCAGGUUGCUGCGAGGAGGACAUCUACAGCUUCUUCUCUGAAGAGCCUGAUGCUGAUUCUCUCUUCAUUAAACUCGUCGAGGAGUUUGAGAGAUGUAUUCUCAGUUACUUUGCUUACCACUGGAGCCAUGCAGAUCUCAUGAUCAGUCAGAUACUCAGCGCUGAUGUUGAGCCUAAAAAGAAGCUCAAGCACAUUGUCAUGGCAGCAACAAGAGAUCAGAGGUUUGAGAGGGUGACUAAGAAUCUAAAAGUGGCAAGAGUGUUCAACACAUUGGUGGAGGAAAUGAAAGCAAUGGGGAUAGCAUCUGUUGAUGACUCUGAGUGUACAGAAGUGAUGGCACCAGUUGCACACAAGGACCGUAGCCCUGUUCUACUCCUUAUGGGUGGUGGCAUGGGUGCAGGAAAGAGCACUGUGCUUAAAGAAAUUCUCAAAGAACCAUUUUGGGCAGGAGCAGAUGCUGUGGUGAUCGAAGCUGAUGCUUUCAAAGAAUCUGAUGUGAUAUACAGAGCUCUAAGCUCCAGAGGCCAUGCUGAUAUGAUCAAGACUGCUGAAUUCGUUCAUCAAUCAUCAACAGAUGCAGCAUCAUCACUACUCGUUACAGCUCUCAACGAAGGGAGGGAUGUGAUAAUGGAUGGAACACUCUCGUGGGUACCGUUUGUGGUACAGACCAUAACCAUGACAAGGAAUGUGCAUCGCCACCGUUACAGAAUGGGACCCGGCUACAAGGUUGGUGAAAACGGAGACGUGAUAGAGAACUAUUGGGAACGCAUAGGAGAGAGACAACAGCUGCAAGAGGAUGGGAAGGAGAGAAAGCCAUACAGGAUAGAGUUAGUUGGAGUUGUGUGCGAUGCGUACUUAGCAGUGAUUCGAGGCAUUAGGAGAGCAAUAAUGUGUAGAAGAGCGGUGAGGGUGAGAUCUCAGCUGAGAUCUCACAAGAGGUUUGCAGAUGCGUUUCUUACGUAUUGCAACAUAGUUGACAAUGCAAGGCUUUACUGCACCAAUGCUCUUGAAGGUUCACCAAAGAUGAUAGCCUGGAAAGAGAAGGAGAAGACAUUGCUAGUGGAUCCAGAGGAGAUAGACUGUUUGAAGAACGUAGGGAGGUUAAACGAGAAUGCAGAAUCAAUUUACGAGCUAUACAGAAGACCAAACCCUGCUUGUGAAGCUGGGUCAAUAUGGAAAGACAUUGUGCUGUCUCCUUCCAGGUUCAACAUUCAGCAGGAGCUCAAAUACUCAAUUCAGAAAGUGGAAAGAUUCAAACAGUGUCUCCAAGAUACACCAAAGUCAGAAACAGAGCAAAGUGAUGUACUUUCUUCCUAGCUAUGUUCUUAUCUGUUCACUUAAGGUACCAAAUGCAUUAUAUAUGAUUCAGACAAAAGGUAUGAACCUCACUUUAAA